AUGAGAGUUCAAACGCAAACAGUGCGAAAAACACUCAAUCCAAAGUGGGAUAAGGUGUUUGUAUUCCCCGUGACAGAUGUGCACUCCGUACUUUACAUCACAGUUUUUGAUGAUGAGAAGGGCAAAAGUGAGUUUCUCGGUCGAAUUGCCAUUCCUUUGAUGAAGGUGCGAAACUACGAGAGAUCGUGGUAUGCACUUAAGAACGCCGAUUUAACGGAGAGAUCGCGAGGAUCAAUUUUACUCGAAUUCUUCUUUGUUUACAAUCAUUUCAAGGCCGCAUGGAGAACUCUAAAUCCUAUUGAGCCCUGCCUUAAGCAUCCAAUUCGUCCACAAAAAUACAAGAAACUCAGCUCGGAUUACAAAAAUGCCAUGCAAGUAAACGUGACUCGGCUAAAGGUGUUAUUCAAGCCGCUAUUAGAUGUCAUUCAGUAUGUGGAUUUAGUGUGCUCUUGGGAGAAUCCCUGGUUAACAAUUGGCGUCCUGAUUGUCUACAAUGCUGUGGUGUGGAAUUUCCAGCCCUACAUGAUUCCCCUCGGAAUGAUAAUAGGAAUAUUGAUCCUUCGUCAAACUUCUAAGAAUCCCCAUCUACUGGACAUGAUAAGUUCUGCGAAAUGUUUGCUUGGAGUUGGCGCUAGUAAUUUGGGGUCCUCGCUCUGUCGAUCUAAGGUACUAGCUUGUGAGAAUUCUCAGAGAACUGAUGGUGCCAAAAAAAAUGCCUCCUUGAAUUCCUUCUUUGACUGCGAAAAUAACGUUCUUAUAAAUACAGAAUUGUUAUAUUCGCUCACAAAUGAAUAUCCUUCCGACGAUGAGCUUAUGGAACUGGCAAGACAAAAUCCAGUACCUCGGGAGUCGAACAGAGCAAAAAAGAAAUUCAAUGCCAUAAUGGAGGUAGUUGGGGACCUACCUCAAAUAAUGGAUCUGAUUGCUUCAGGUUUUGAGAAGACUCUCGGGUUAUUUGAGUGGCAAGUGCCUUGGCUGACGUGGUUUAGCCUCCUCUUUCUGGUGAUCUACACACUCAUACUCUACUUCGUUCCACUAAGGGCGGUGCUCUGCAUUAUCGUAACUGCAAUGUAA